AUGUUUCUUUUUGUUUUAAUCUUAAGUAUUUCUUCAAUUGAGAGAGCCGUUGCUCACGAUAAAAGGAAUAUCAUACGAAGAGAUAGGAUUCCUCAAUUCAGGGAUCAUAAUCCUUUCAGAAAAAAUAUAACACGAAAACUUUUCAAUUCACCGCAUAAUACUCAAAAGUCAGUCGUUGAAGAAUCAGAUGAUUUAAUUCACAACCAAAACGAUCGCUCAAAAAUUAUAGAAAAAUUAAAAUUAGAUGAACAAGAGCCCGAAUCAAAAUUUAUUGCUUCCCACAAUAAAGACAAUAGAAGGAUUGGAAACAGGAUCACUAAUAAAUUAAAUCCUGACGAAAAAAUAGAAAAAUCCGAAAAUACAGAAGAAAAAUCCGGAAACGAACCAGAGACAUCCAAGAAGCUUGAAGAAGCCUCAUUAGACGAAAUUUUCGAUAAAAUGGGCACAAAAAGACCAAAAGUUUCAAAACCAGGUUAUGUCGACAUAGGAGAUCCACCAACAACCCACAAACAUAUUGAAACAAAGGAUGGCGAAAUUACAGGUGUAUCCAAAAUGCCUACAAACAACAAACCAUUCAAACCAACAAAAGCCAACUCAAAAGGCCCAAUAAUAGCCAAAGACCCUAAUAAUAAUGAUGAGAAAGAAGGAGAUGAACCAGAAACCUCUUCAGAAUCAACAGAAAACAAAAUACCAAAAUCAGAUAUCAAAUUGAACACUACAAAAGAAGGUUCAAGUGCUAGAAACAAUAAUACCAUGUAUACAAAGACUUUACCAGAAGGAAAAUUAAAUAAUUUUACAAAACAUGGAAUUGAGCCCAUAAAAGAUAAUACAACAGCAUUAGAUAUCAACAUAGCCAAUAAAACAGAGGUUUCGGAUGAAAACGUGACAAAAUUAAAUAUUUCAGAAAAUAAUUCCACAAAAACAGAAGUAAAUGAGACCAAUACUACUAACCCUAGCCAAGGAAACCAAGAUCCAUUAAAGGGUGACAAUUAUCGUGAUCCAAGCCAAUAUGAUUUUUAUGAUGACGAUGAUAUGAUUGGUCCUGGCAAUUUCAAGUUCGGAUUCUUCGGCAGACGUGAUAAGAAUGGUAAUUUGAUAUGCGGAGCGAACGCAUUUUCUCCUGAUAACCAAAGUUGCCAAUGUACCGAUUCUUUCCCAGAAGGCAACCCAUAUGAUUCAUCCGGAUGCUAUAAAUGUGACAAGAAAUGUUCAUUAUGGGCUGGAUGCUACAGAGAUAACACAUGUCGCUGUAUGUACGGAUUUAAAGGUAAUGGCACUUUUUGCGAGUCGGAAUACGUUAAAUUAGAACGAAUUGAGCCGGUCAAAGGCCGUAAAUUGAACAUUACUUUCACAUUCCAAUCUGAUUCCGAGUUAGAUACACUUUACUGCAAAUUCGACUCCACAAUUGUCAGAGGUUAUGAUGUUACAUCAAACAACGCCAUUUGCGACAUUCCUGCAGGCGUUGAUUCAAGAUUUGCAUUUGCCAUCUCUAAAAACCCAACGAAUUUCGAGCAAGACAACACUAUUUACGAUAUUCCGAAGAAGGAAAACAUGAGGAGCAGGAAAAAAAUGGGUAUUAUCUUUAUAAUUUCGAUGGUUGUCGUAUCAAUCUUCCUUUCGAACACGAAACAGCCAAAGAAGCAGCUCCAACGAAAGAUAGUCAAGGAAUUACCUAAGCCAGGUGAAGAUGAUGUAGAACAGGAACAAGAUCCAACGACAAUGAAGUUUAAUGACGUACAAGGAACAAUUGAUGACAUUGAGAAUAUCCCCAAUGAUGAAAACGACGACGCUGAUGAAGAAUCUGUCUAUUCUCAGCCAAUUGAUACAAAUAUUCCUCCACCAGCUGAUGUUGAAGUUCCACAACAACCUCAACAGCCAAUUCAGCAGCUAUAA